UUUUUUUGUAGGCAAUAGUCGGUAAUAAACAAUAAAUAAUACAAAUGGAGGCAAGUGCUGCAAUUACUGGCGAUGUGGAUAAAACGCAGAUACCCCCAUUAAAUCAAAAACGUAUAUUGGCUUUCGUCAAUCACUUUUUAAUAAGCACCUGUAAUUUUCUCAACGAAUUCUCCAUGGGAUGUGAAACAAAAUUUGUGCAAAUGGAGAGACAUUUACAGAAAAUCGAAGCUUCAUUAGUAAUCUUGGAAACUAAACUUGCAUCCAUACCCAGCGACAAUGACAACAAUAAUGAAACACCAAGCACGACGACAACAAAGAAAGAGGAAGAGCCAAACUCUUCAGUCGAAGAAGCAACAGAUGAAAUCGAGAACGAUGAGGAAAUCUCAUCUGCUCUGGAUGAAGUCUCACCACCAGUGGGCGUACGAGCUUGCGAUGAUAUACGCUAUAGAAAAUUCUUUAAGAUGCUUCAAGUGGGCGUGCCUGCUCCAGCGGUAAAGCAAAAAAUGCAAACCGAAGGCCUAGAACCUCAAAUACUAGAUCAACCGAAUCUUUUGCUAGCGGAUGGUAUGCGUGACUAGGAUCUGGUAUCCCAUGCCUGAAUACAGUUGAUAGAUAAAUUGUGAUAUUUUCUUUUUGUUGACAAAACACUUUUUACGUCUACAAAAUUUAAUUUGUUUUAUUAAUAAAACAACUUAAAAAACACUUCAUUUAUGGGAGAGUUUGGAGCUAGAGUUGGCUUAGAACUGGAUCAUCUGUCCCUUGCGCUUCUUGUCACCACC